AUGACAGUGAUAGAAAAUGACAUCGUCGCCGUUCAGAUCAGCACAAUCAAAGAUCGUUGUAUUCAAAGACAGGAAGCUGACAUGAGAUUGCAGCCAUAUGAUAGGUCAGUGGUCACACUCGGGGCCGGACAGGGGACCGACGUUAUCGUUCAGGGCCUCUCCAGCCCGAAAGGCAUUUACUGGAUCAGAAACAAUGCUACGUGUGCUGAGGCCCGGCAGCCUCACGCCUUGGCCGCUCUCUACUAUCAAAAUGCAAGUCCCGUAGUAUUGCCCACUUCGACUGCUUCGAAUCCUCACAGCGUCGGCUGCGACAACGAUCCAAUAGACGCAAUUGCCCCAAUUUAUCCCCUUGCCCUGACCGACCCCGAUCAAACGUCACGCUAG